UUGGGCCGUGAGGGAGCCGCGGCCGCCGCUGCCCGCCCCGCCUGCUCCGCCGCCAUCGCGGCCCGGCCGCCGCUGCCCGCCUGCCUCCCUCCCUCGGCCGCGGGCAGGAGGGGCCGCCCGGGGCCUGGCGGCCGCGGAGAGAUGAGCAGCAGCAGCAAUAAGAGAGCCCCCACCACAGCCACGCAGAGGCUGAAGCAGGAUUACCUGAGGAUCAAAAAGGAUCCAGUGCCUUACAUCUGUGCUGAGCCCCUGCCCUCCAACAUCCUGGAAUGGCACUACGUGGUGCGAGGGCCUGAGCUGACCCCGUAUGAAGGUGGAUAUUACCACGGAAAAUUAAUAUUUCCUCGAGAAUUCCCUUUCAAACCCCCCAGUAUUUAUAUGAUCACCCCCAAUGGAAGGUUCAAGUGCAACACAAGGCUCUGUCUGUCCAUCACGGAUUUCCACCCGGACACCUGGAACCCGGCCUGGUCCGUGUCCACCAUCCUGACGGGGCUGCUCAGCUUCAUGGUGGAGAAGGGGCCCACCCUGGGCAGCAUCGAGACCUCCGAGUUCACCAAAAGGCAGCUGGCUGCACAGAGCUUAGCAUUUAAUUUAAAAGAUAAAGUCUUCUGUGAGCUCUUCCCUGAAGUGGUGGAGGAGAUGAAGCAGAAGCAGAAGGCGCAGGACGAGCUGAGCUCCAGGCCGCCGUCGCUGCCGCUGCCCGACGUGGUGCCGGACGGGGACGCGCACCUGGGGCACAACGGGCACGCUGCCCUGCUGCAGGGGCAGCACGCGGCCCUGGCGCCCGGGCACGCCGGGGGGCUGCAGCAGCCCCCCAGGAACCACGGACUCUUGGGGGGAGCCCUGGCGAACUUGUUUGUCAUCGUGGGCUUCGCCGCCUUCGCCUACACAGUCAAGUACGUGCUGAGGAGCAUAGCCCAGGAGUGAGAGCCUGCAGAGACCAAAUGUGCUGGGCUGGGGGUGAGCGGGGCUCCUCGGGGGGGAGAUGUGGGGUUUGGCCCUGCCGGGGCCGUGCUGGGCUCGGGGAACGUUUUGGCUUGUAGAGUUCUGCUCCAUCUGUGGUGUCAACAGUGAAGAUCUUCAGCCAAGUUUUAUUCUGUUGAGUUUUCACUUCAGGAUGAAUGGGACUCUUGGAAUGGGACUCUUGGGGUGGAAAAUUAGGGGUUUUGCCCUUCCUUGGGUCAUGGUGGGGCUUGGUGAGACACAUUGAUUUGUAGAGUUCUCCUCCAUCUGUGGUUUGAACAUUGAAGAUCUUCAACAAAUUUGACUCUGUUGACUUUUCAAUUCAGGGUGAAUGGGACUCUUUGGAAUGGGGCUCUUGGGGUGGAAAAUUUGGGGUUUUUUGCCUUUCCUGGGUUGUGGUGGGGUUUUGGGUUCAGAAGUCAAAGCAUUGUUGGGGAGCCCUUUGAUUUGUAGUUCUCCUUCAUCUGUGGUUUUAACAUUGAAGAUCUUCAGCCAAUUUUGACUCCAUUGAGUUUUUCAUUCAGGAUGAGUGGGACUCUUGGAAUGGGACUCUUGGGGUGGAAAAUUUGGGGUUUUUGCCCUUCCUUGGGUCAUGGUGGGGCUUGGUGAGGCCUGUUGAUUUGUAGAGUUCUCCUCCAUCUGUGGUGUGAACAUUGAAGAUCUUCAACACCUUUGACUCUGUUGAAUUUUCACUUCAGGAUGAAUGGGACUCUUGGAAUGGCACUCUGGAAUGGGACUCUUGGGGUGGAAAAUUUGGGGUUUUUGCCCUUCCUGGGUUGUGGCGGGGUUUUGGGUCUUGCUGCUGGUGAGAAGACAAAUUUAUUGGUUUUAUUGUCCCAAGAAUUGGUUUUAUUGUCCCAAAAAUGGGGGUUUGUGUCCCAAAAUCCAGCAUGUGGGGCUCUGGGGAUGGAGGGAACAGCACCUGGGGAGGGAAAAAUUCCAAUUUUGGGGUGGGAAUAACCAAGGAGCUCCUGCAGAGCAGCUGGGUCAGAGGAAAACCCCAAAUGUGGUUCCACUUGAUUCAGGAUUUGCUUUAAUUCUUAAAAAACCCAAAAUUCCUUUGGGAUUCAUCUGCUGAGGUAAGACCUUAAAUUUUGUUUAAAACCAUCAAAACCCUAGCCCUAUUUUUUUGUUUUUCCCCUAAAAAUUUGUUGCAUUUAAACCCCAAAAUUCCAAUUCUUUGGAAUUCCCUGGAUUUGGAGGAAGGUUUGUGGGAUCCCUGUGGAUUCCAGGAUUUGGGAAUGGAAUUUUUAUUCCCAUUUUUUGGGGUUAAUUUGUGUUUUCCUGGGAAUUCAGCUUUUCCCCCAAAGAAAAAGAAAAAAUUAAAUUUCAACUUCUCCCUCAGGAUAAAAUCUUGGGAUAAAUCCUUGAAAUUGCAGCUGUAAUUCUAUGGAUUUAAAAGUUUUGGAAUUUUCCCCAGAAUCUUUAUUUUUAAUAAAAAUUCCUGGAUUUUGGGGGGAUUUUCCCCUUUUUCCUGGAUUUUCCAAGCUCAGAGGAGUGGGAAUGGCUGCGUUUUAAAGUGAUUUAUUCAUAAUAAAAAUCCAUAAAAAAACGACUUUGUGGGACUUCUUUGGGGAAUAAAAUUCCAUGGGGAAAAAAUGGGAUUUGGGAUAUUUCAGUUCAUAAAUAAAAUAAUGAAAAAUA